CUCCAAGUUUCAGUAUGCUUCUUAUUAAGCACCAGUCACACUUGACCACUUUCAAAGGGUGACAACAGCUCUACCUGCAACCAUGCGAACCCCAGGUAUCUUGAUAUUCGGCUUGGUCAUGGCCCCCUGCGGAUGGAUCCUGGACCUGACCAGCACGGUUGCACCCAACUGGCGCACCAUCAACAAUAUAGCUGGACAAACUUCGGAUCUGGUGGUGGAACAGGGAAUCUGGGACAUCUGCAAUACAUUUAUAUCUUCUAGAUUGCAAACAUGUAACCAACGAAGCAAUGACCAAACCUAUUUCAACAGCCAGAUCAUUCCGAUUGCACAAGGAAUGAUGAUUGCCUCCUUGAUUGUGACAGCACUUGGCCUGGCCGUGGCGACACCUGGAGUUAGAUGCUGGAAGGACAGACCCAGAUGGAUACUGGCUUCUAUGGGUGGUCUCCUUAUCUUCUGCUCCGGUGUCCUGGCCAUCAUCCCCGUCUCAUGGUACACCUACCAACUGACCAGCAUCAACUCCUCCUCGGUCAAAAGAGACCCAUUAAAACCGGACGACAUCCGUGUAGGAUACUGCAUCGUUCUGGGUUUCAUUGGAGGCAUCAUGGAGGUUCUUGGGGGCUUUGUGAUGUUCCUUGGGAUAUGCUCCUGCUGCGGUGGUCGUAACCGUGGAGAGAAGCCUAGAGCCAACCAACAAAGACUACCAGCCAGACCGACACCUCUGCCAAGGGUCAAUGUUCCAAGAAGUAUUAGUCAGAUUAGUAGAAGCAGUGUGCCAUACUCAAAAGACUCACUGGAUGAUGAUCUGGACUUCCCACGAGCCAAAAGUCGAGGGAGAUCUGUCAACACAUCGUACGCUGGUAGACCCUAUGACGCUGACCUGUAAAAUUCUCAGCUAAUAAGCACAUACUGUGAAUAUUAUUAAUAUUAACGAUGUUAUAACUAAUGAUUAGAGCAGACACUUUUGGAACUACUUGUUACACCAGUCUUUUUCUUACCUUGACAAAUAUUUUGAGUGUUUAGACCAGUCAGUGAUUUUACUUUCCAUUUAUGCUCUGAAGUCGGACUUUUAUUUAGAACAUUAGGGUUUUAAUUUGGUAUUGUAAAUAACCAAAAUAGAACUACAUUUGAAAGGUGUUUGUAAUGCACUUUAAAAAUGAAUCUCAUGGUAUUGUAACAAUAAUGCUGCAAGACUUUUAUAACAAUGAACUCUUUUGGAUGCAUACAAUUGUGCAAUAUAUUUGCUUUGGUGUGUAAAUAAAACUUCUAACUUUUCCAGAAGAUACUAAAAUGCAACACAACCUCAACUCAGUCAAAACAGUGUCAGGACUAACCCUCUGUGAUGCAGUAUAACCAGUUAUACUGGUUGUUUCAGUUUUAUCUGUACUGCUCUCUUGAAGAAUGUGGGCCAUGUUUGAAUUGUCAUGUGAUCAGUGAGUCAUCUGAACACAGAAGUGUAUAAUCUAUAGAGAUAAGGGACUAUGGUCAAAAUAUUUUGCUCCAAAGUAAAUACCUACUUUGUGAUUUAUAUAUUUAAACCAAUGACUAUUAAUACUUUUAAGUCAAUUAUAGGCAUUUAUAGAUAUUAAGACUGAAUAUUCAAACAAACCUUCAACCGGGAAGUAUCGAUUCAAAUUUUACUGUAAGUCGAUGGAACCUGUUGGCUGUAACUGAAAUGUUCUCAGCUUAAUUUACUUAAUUUUGCAAGUGACUCAUCAGAUCAUGUUAUAUUUUUCCAUUGCACAGGGUUCAAGAUUUGUUGGUUUUAAAUGGCGAUCCAAAAUCCCCCUAUAACAGUUCUUUAUUUUAUUUUCAAUUUUUUUUAUUAAAGUAUUAUUUAUUACAACCAAACACUGUUGUAAAUGUGUACUAUAAACACUAUGCCAUACAAACAGCCAGCAAGUAAUUAAAACAUUUUGGAGCCUUAAGAAAUGGAAAUAAAUGUCAACAUCUUUUAUUUUGCUUUUAAAAAGAAUAAAAAUGCAC